AAAUCCCCAGCCAGGAACAGAUGCAGCUGCAGCUCCGCGAGAGAAAGAGAGAGGCAGAGAGGGAGGAAGAGAGUUUGAAGACACUGCAGAGGGAGUGCAGCUAUGGGGAACACACAGGACAAACCCCCGGGAAGUGGAGGAGGAGGGGGAGGCAGAUCACAGCAGACAACAGCAGGGAGCGGGACCAGAAACCGUGGUGAAGGCGGCGUGGGAAAACCCCAGGCUCAGAGAGCUCCAGAGAAGAGAUUUACAAAUGGCACUCGGAGAGAAAACAGCACCGUGGGUGGACAAGAGGAGCAGGGCAGCCCUGCAGUGGACACAAGUUACCUGGAUGCCCCUGCUGGGGCCCUUCCUCCUCACCUGGCCCGGAUGAAGAAUGAAGGGAACCACCUCUUUAAACAUGGACAGUUUGGGGAUGCCUUAGAGAAGUACACACAGUCAAUAGAUGGGUGUGCUGAAGCAGGUAUCGACAGUCCAGGAGACCUGUGUAUUCUUUACUCUAACAGAGCAGCCUGUUACCUGAAGGAUGGAAACAGCACAAACUGCAUACAGGACUGCAACAAGGCUUUGGAGCUGCAGCCCUACUCCUUGAAGCCCCUGCUGCGCAGAGCGAUGGCUUAUGAGUCACUGGAGCGCUACAGAAAGGCCUACGUGGAUUAUAAGACUAUCCUGCAGAUAGACACCAGCGUGCAGGCGGCUAAUGACAGUGUCCACAGGAUCACCAAGAUGCUAAUUGAGCAGGAUGGACCUGGUUGGAGAGAGAACCUUCCAGAGAUUCCUGUGGUCCCUCUGUCUGUACAGCAGCAACACAGAGACAAACCGGUCAGCGCUGAAGUGGCCCAGGCGCGGGCCGCCAGGGCUACUCAGGACGAAGCCAGAAGGAAAGAGGCCCGCUUUACUUUACUGAAACGGGAAGGGAAUGACCUGGUCAAGACGGGGCAGUACCAGGAGGCUCUGGAGAAGUACAGCGAAUGUCUCACCCUAAAACCUGAUGAGUGUUCCCUCUACACCAACAGAGCCAUCUGUCUGCUGAAACUGAGUCGCUUUGCGGAGGCCAAACAGGACUGUGAUUCUGCUCUGCAGCUGGAGCCGAGCAACAAGAAAGCCUUCUACAGACGAGCCCUGGCUCAUAAAGGUUUACAGGACUACCUGUCAGCCAGCAGUGACCUGCAGGAAGUCCUCCAGCUGGACCCAAAAGUCCGGGAGGCGGAGCAGGAGCUGGAGGUGGUGACGGGCAUGCUGAGACAGAGUCUGAUGGACAGCACUGCAAACACACCACGGGUUUGAAGUUUGUUUGUGGAGCCAUAUGGGAGCAGAGUGAGGCGACAGGUGUGGACACAAUAGUACUGUAGCAGUAAUGGAGGAAAAGGACUCUUGAAGCCAUCAUCUGCCAUAAGUAUGACCUGUAAAGAUGAAAAUGACAGGCAUUAACGUCCUGGGACAGCUUCUCAGACAACCAGUUCUGCACCAUCCGCGGUGUGUGCACACACCACACCAUAACUCCCUGAGUACACAACCUUACAUAAUGGGCAGCUUUUAUUUGAAGAGGCUAAUGUCAAGGUACUCGUGGCCUGCUUGCACUGAAAGUCAUUCACAUUAUGAUGUAAUGUACUGUGAAUACAGAUUCUUGUAACAAACCGCAGAGCUCUGUCAAAUGGUGGAGUAACACCAGGAAAGCAAGAGCGUGUUACGUGUGCCUUAUUAAGAUUUCUAUCUGAGUAAAGGAUACAACAACAAAAAAAACCCCGCCAAGAAUGAAAGUCUGAAUUUGUUUGAAGAGGUUGGGUUUGGUUCACUGAGCUCAUAAUAAAAGCACUGUCAGAAACAGCUUCAGCUUCACUGGAUUGUCGAUGAGAAAUUCAAAAGAUUCAAAAGAUCCACUACAAUCUUUAUCUGUCCAGAGGUUCUGCUUUUACAGUUAUUUACAGUUUAUGUUUAAUUAUUUUUAAAAAAUCCAACAAGCUGUUAUAAAAUGUCUACAGCUAGGGAGCUUUUCAAACGUAGGGAAGCCAAGAACGACCAUGUCUUAAUUUAUCCCAGGUGGACAAAGCUAGUUUCCUUGUGAUAAUGGGUUCAUUUGAAUUGUUAUCCCAAGAAAACAAGACAAUGUUUCUCUGAAAAAAAACAAGAAAAAAACAAGUUUUCUUGCAGUCCUUGGAUAACCAUGGAUGACUUGUUAUACACUACAUUUGAGCACACCUGAUUAGCUGUUUGUAAAGAUUCAUAACUGAACUGUAUGUCCAGGAAUACAUUUUCAGAUCUUUUGGUUUCAUUUUCAUCUUUUGAGCAGACAGUUUUAUUUAUAUUAGCUGAAGAAAUGAGCUGCUACAGUUCUCAAGACGCCACCUCUGCAUGCUGACAUGCUGCUUCUGAUAUCUGAUCAACAUUAAAGGUAAUGUGGUGAAAACAACCGAUAGUUUUCUCCUUAUAAUUGGUUGAUAAUCUGGUUAUUUUAAAACACACAGCUUGAGCUCAAGAUGUCAUGCUUUUGACGUUAAGGCAUAAAAGAAUAAUAUGAAGCAUGGCUGUUCUCAGUUUCCAUCAAAUUGACGUGUUCUGACGUGACUAUAAUCAAAGAUGUAAAAAUAAGAAUUUCCCAAAGGUAAAAUAUCAAACAGCACGCACAUUCAAAAACUUAAGUACUGGGUGCUGAACAAAAACAUGUGCAAAGGUAGAAAAAAUAGUCCGCACACCACAAGCUGCUCCAAUUAAAUUAAAUUUAAUGGACAAAUUACCACCUGUAAAGUUUCAGGCCCUCGCCCAUCAUCAGACAUGAACAUGGUGGUCAUUUUUCCAUUCGAUUUAAUUUAAUUGGAGCAGCUUCUGGCGUGCCGACUGUCUUUUUCUACCUUAAAAUAUCCCAAAAAUCCCGAGCUCAGAAGACAUCUUUAAUUAUAAAUGGUCACUUCCUUGUUUUUGAAGCUGCUGAAUUUAGCAUUACAUGUUACUUCAUCAUGUACUGUAAGACUUCAUGUAGGUCUCAGGUUCAACCUCGAAUGUAACCAGAGGACUGUCCUUCUUUGUUUGUGAAUAGGUGUACAGUAUUUUAUUUUUUGGGAAGUCUCUUCAAAACUCUGCUUGAUUUUCUCAAGGCAUCUCUUGUGAAUUUUUUUCUGUUACUAAGAACACAUCACCCUCAUUUUUUAACAUUAUAAAUCCAACUUUUACCGCUUGGUUCUCACAGUAGAAAGAAACACAUUUCAGACUGGUUUGAAAAAUAAUAAGGGACAAAUAGACUUUCCUGGAAUCAAUCAUUUACAUCAGGGGCCAUCCACUACACUUGUUCAAGGGCCAGCUGUUUUCUUGACAGACACUGAGGGGGCCGGACUUUCAAAUAUUCUUGCACAUAAGUCUGACAGCUGUCAACCCGAUGUGAAGACGUUGGUCAGAGGGGAAAUUUUAUUUCUUUCAUUAACCUAAUUUGAGUAUUUCAGCCUUGUGAUUUUAUUUUUUAUGUUUAUUGUUUUAUCACCCGAGAUUAUUUAUAUUCUGGGGGCCGGAUGGGAAGCUUUGGGGGGGGGGGGGGGCGCAGAUCAACUGGCUGCCAGUUGAAGAUCACGGAUUUACACUAAUAAUUAAAAAAAUCAAAAUCACUGAAAACAACUUUCUCUAUGUUCAGGGCCUUUUAUAUUGUACUUGAACUUACCCUUAUGCGUUAGCUACCCCCUGCUAGCCUUUCACUAUGAUGUUAAUCUUUAAACAGCACAAUGUGCCACAACCUUUAUUUCAUGAAGUAUAAUGUUUUCUUUCUCAUAGAUUUUCUUGUGUUUUCCAAAUCAAAGCAUUAUUUUAAGCUGAAUGAAAGCGCUUGACAUGAGGUUUGAAGUGCGACUUCAUGGAAUGUAAAGCGCAUGUAACGUAUGUAAAUAGUUGGAAUGCAAAUGUAAAUAAUAAAACCGCUAUGUGGUUGCUUUACUGA